AAAAACUUCAUUUCACUAAGAUGGAAACUAUGAUUAACCCCAUCAAAGAAACUGCGAAGCAUGGUUUAAUCCCUCAAGAAACUCCUAACAAAGAUGUUCCAUCAAGCCAGAGUUGAGAACAACUUCAAAGCUUCGGGAUUGAAGAUGAAGAGAGUCAUAAUUGCAUUGAACCCACAGAGAAGAGUCUUUAUGUCAGACUCAAGGGGAUAAGUAUUGGGUUAUUCUCCAAGAUAAUCUUUAUUAUCUGCUUGACAUCAUUGAAGUAUUGAUAUCUGAGAUAUGAAACGAUUACUGGCUUUGAUUAUAUCCUAUUCAGAGGAUUCCUGUCAAUCAUAAGCUCAGGGAUUGAAGCAAGAUACUCCAGAGUUAAUGUAUUUUAUAUCCCUAAAGAUAUUAGAGUAGGGGUCCUUUUGAGAUUUUUGACUGGAAUGAUAGGAAUUCCUUGUUUCUUUAUCGCAAUGAAAUAUUUACCGACAAGCCAGUGCCAUAUCACUUUGAAUAUUUACCCUCUGAUGAAUGCUAUCUUAGCAUAUUUUGUUUUAUCGGAAGUCCUCCAUAUCAGAGAUAUCUUUCUCUUAUUUGGAGCUUUUAUAGGAGCUUAUGCUAUUAACUCCACAGAAUCAACCAGACAAGGAGAGUCUCCCAACAAGGAUGAAUACAAAAUCGGCAUAACACUCGUGUUGGUUGCUCUGAUUUUUAGAUCUACUGCUCUUGUUGCAAUGAGAAUUAUCUCUCGAUCAGCCAAUUCAGUCUAUUCUCCUUUCUACUAUGCCUUAGGAAUGCUAACUAAUGCUGUAACUCUCUUGCUCUUCUUCAGAGAUCAUCUCCAUUUUCAAGACUAUACAAUUGGAGUUAUCUUCUUCUUAUCUGUUGCUGCUCUUUUUGAUUAUUGCUCACAAUCUAUGAUGAGUUAUGCAUCUAAAUUUGAGAAGGCCACUGCCUUAGCUCCUCUAAGCUAUGCAACUACCUGUCUGAUAUUAAUCAAUGACCUGGUCUUGUUUCAUUAUGAGUUCAAGCUCAUGUAUUUUGUAGGAUUUGUGAUUAUUUUUGUAUGAGUCCUGGUGCCUAUUCUGUAUAAAAUCUAUUUUUAAGAAGUGUCAAUGCA